AUGACGACCUGCAGCCCUCUCAGCCCCACCAAGCCCAGAGCCUCCCAGGGGAUGAAGGACCAGAAGUGCCACGUCCGUGGACGCAGAGCAUGGGGCCAGCCCGGAGGCUGGGGGCCUGCGGGGCACGGGCGGUCACCGGAGCCCCCUCCCACCGCAGCGUCCUUCGUGUCCAGACCCCGCGGCCGAGCCGCAGCAGCUGCCCCCCGCCCCGUGAGGCGAGCCCUGGGGGGCACAGCUGAGGGCGCCCAACGGCCCCCGAGCCUCCAGCCCGCAGCAGCUGUCAGGCCCACAGCUGCGUCCCACACGGACCCGCGGCUCUUUUCUGCAGCAAGGGCAGGGCGAGGAGGAUGCCCUGCGGGCGCCUCAGGAGCGCGGGGGACCGGGCUGCCCUCGCCAGCCAAGGGCAGGCUGUCCUGA